AUGCUCCUGCUGUCAGUUUGUUUUUUCGGAUUUUUAACACCACUUAAAACAACAAUCGACCUUCGACCGGCUAAGAUCACGCUUGCUGGCAUAAAAACUGCCAAGGCAGAACAAAAAUUAAAGUGUAUAUAUCUACGUAAGAUAAAACUAAGUCGAACGACGUCCACGAGGAAGGAUUGAAAUUAUCUACUUAGUUGAAUUUUUUCCCUCUAGACUCAAAUAAUUGCCAGCAGAGGAUACCCCGUCGAAGAGCAUCACGUGACGACAGAAGAUGGCUUUAUUCUUGCCUUGCAAAGGAUUCCUCGCGGAAGGAACGAAAAGGAAAGUUCUUCUCGUAAAGAGGUAGUAUUCUUACAGCAUGGCCUUCUUGCAGACGCGACGAACUGGAUCAUAGAUACUCCAACCAGAAGCUUAGGCUACAUGCUCGCGGACAGCGGCUACGACGUGUGGCUUGGAAACAUCCGGGGAAAUGAUUAUUCAAGGCGUCACGUGAAGUACUCUCCACAUCAAUCAAAAUUCUGGAAUUGGAGGCGAGUUUGUGAUCUUGUUUUGAAGAUAGGUUUCAAAAAUACCCACUUGAAUUCCUGUUGGUGUCUUAGCGCGAGCGCAUUAGUUACUUGAAUAACCAUUUUCGCGGGCGGGGUGAUAGCUUUUUCGGUUAAAGGUUAAAAUUUUGGCCGAUUUACAGCUAUCUGAUAUCUUUCCAUUGCUGUCACCAGAAAUUUUUAUUACGGUUAUCCUUUUUUACGACUAACAGUUAAAAUUUGUCAAUUUUUACGCCCAGCAGCCAAAUUUUUUGGCCGUUUGAAGGCCAACGGUUAGCCCCACUGGAACCCUCAAUAUGUACUGUUUUAGAAAGGUGGAUAUUUCUUCAAAGAACAUAAAACCGUGACUUGUAAAGCAUUUUCAGUGUUUCAAAUUACUUUUCAUAUGUUCUCUGACAUUAAGUGAAUUCACUGAGAUCUGACAGUUAUGAUACCCUUUGUUUAAAAACCUACUGAAAGUGAAAGUUUACUUGAUUUCCUCGUGAGCGAAAACCUUGUUAGUCAUUUCAUGGUGAUAUGAUACUUUGUGAGCUGUUUUAACUUAUCGGCAAGAGAAUAUCAGCAGUUGAUAUUCUCUAACUCAUUGGUCAUUUUGCGUUGUUACUUGUGUUGACUACAUACAUUGCGCCCGACCUUGUUCCUAGUUCCUUCUCACCCACCAGCGCGAAAGGACCUCAGUAAGGAUGGCAAAAAGAGUGACCUUGGGUACGAGUUCGGUUUGCACGCUGCAUGUGCAUGCAUGAAAGCCUCGUGCAGUAGGUGUGUCAUAGGUUGUCAAUCGUUUUUGGGAUAAACCCUCUUUAGAUCGGUGCGCGUUAGUAAGGAAAAUCGAUGCGAGACAACUAGAAGUAGGAAGGAGUUGGAAAAGGAACCCUCUUCGACUAAAUAUUGUACGAGUUUUUACCAGUGCCUUUCUUGACCCUCUAAGUCACUGUUAAUGUCUUGACAAUUCUUUACUUUUCAUGCCUAUUACCUCCCUGGGUGUGUUUCACUCCGGAUUUUUAAUUUCGCAGUUGGCAAGAAAUGGCUAAGUACGAUCUUCCCACCAUGAUCAAUUAUGUACUGAAAGUCACGGGUGAAGAGCAGCUGUAUUAUGUCGGCCAUUCGCAAGGGACACUGAUUGGUUUUACAGGAUUCUCUGAAAAUCCAGCUCUGGGAGAAAAAAUCAAGAUAUUCUUCGCUUUAGCACCUGUCUAUACUUUGAAUCAUUGUACAGACAUUGCAAAAGGCGCAGCAAAGCUCAUAUAUCCACUUGUCAAGGUAAGGAGAAAACCUUAAGAUUUAUCAUAUUUGACGAAGAGGACAGGAGAUAUCUAUUACACAUAUUAAGUAUGUACCUCGCACUGCGCGGAACAAAUUUGGGUAAGGGUUCCGAAAACCGGACCCCAAGCUCUCAUCAGAAUGAUCUUCACGGUGGAAGCUCGGAGGUGAAAGUUUCUUUUUCAUAAUGGCAAGGAUUCUGGGAUCAAUGUCAGCAUCUGAGAAACUGCGGAUCUGCCCUCCCCCCCCCUCCCUCCCCUAGACCAACAUUAACGCUGACUUGUUACCAGUUGACUGUUUCAGGGUGGGGGGUAAGGGUAGGUGCGCAGUUUCUCAGAUGCUGGAGAUGAUGGCGUAUCGUCUCUCUGUUAUUCGGCAUGACGAAAUUUACUGCUCUAGGAUCCCAAAUCUCAUUUUGGAAAAAAGAAGUGAGUUAGACAGAUUUGCUUUUCCUCUUCUCUUUAGAAAUUGUUUCCUGGUAUGACCUUUGAUCUUCUUCCCGGAAACUUCUUGAGAGCUCUGGUCAAUCUGGGUUUCUGCGCAAAUCCUAUCUCUGAGCGAGUUUGCUAUGAUUUCAUGGAGUUGACGAUUGGUAUGGAUAGCGAAAAUAUCAAUAAGGUAAGAUGUUGACAGCAAAAGACAAUUUAAGAAACCGUUUGUUAUUUAUCGCCUGAGGGGGGGGUUAAGGAUUUUUGGUGUGUCACGAUAUUAAAUUUACAUGACUUCCCCCGAAGGCUCUAGAAUAUUAUUAUGAUCUUUCCCUCGUUGGCAGUCGAUUUCUUUUGUUCACCUUCCUUUAUACUCUGUUGCAACGACUGAUCCCACAAAAAAAAGUCCAUCCCCCUCCCACCCCCUCAGGCGAUAAAUAUGACUGGUUCCUGAAGGACAAUUUUUUAAUGAAAAUCUUUUACUCCAUAGUCACAAACUUUGAUUUUCGCUGACCUGUUUUUUUCACGUCUUGACAGUCGAGAGUACCUGUGUACCUGGGUCACUUUGCAGAGGGGACAUCUUUCAAGGACGUUGUGCAUUUCGCACAGGUGUGUAUUCUACAGGCUCCUGGGAGACUGGGGAGAUAUCAGCAAACCAGUGAUCAAUAGGAUAGGAAAUCACGUGCACGUGUUAUACAGAUACAUUGCUAUUGCCGGCAAUCGAAGUCGCUGUAGUGGUAGCCAAUCAGUAGCAGAAGUGCUGGCAGUAUCUGUGGUAAAAGUUGUUGGAAAAGAAAAAAACAAGUUAUAAAGAAAAGCUCUGCUUUAGCGACUCCGGCCUCUUUUCUAGCUUGUGAUGGUGGCUCAGUUCUCCCUUUCCCCCCCUCCCCUCGCAGCCUAACACUCUCAGCUUUCGAGUAAACAAAAUGAUGAGUGUAUAAUACGUAAUCGGUGGGUUUGUUAAGAGUGUUAAACAUUUUUAAUUUUUGACAUCAGAUGGUGCACGAAUUGUCCAAAAUUAAAUAAUUGAAUAAAAAAACGGUAAUGUAAUCUAACAAAGGUCGUAUGUAACGCCUUUUCACUUAGUCUAAUGCAUUAAAUUUGAAACAAUAUCUCUUUCCUCGAUGCUCUCCUCUGCUGCAAACUGGAGCUUUUACCUUAAUCCUACUUUACUUGUUUACUUUUGUAGUUGAUUGUGAACAAAAAGUGUCAGAAGUUUGAUUACGGUGAAGCUGGGAACAUGAAACACUACAAUCAGGUAACGCAUUAUACCAGUUUGAGUUUGUGUUCAUGUUAUGUAAGGUUUCCAUCAGUUUUACUGAAACAGAAUAACAAAACGAAUACAAAUAGUUGCAUAAGUGACCGUCACUUGAAAUUAGUAUGCCUAAUCACAUGAUGCCAUGCUGGUGUCGGGAAGUUGUUUUCAGAGCGUUCUGAGAACCUACCUACGUUGAUAUUUCUGUGGAUAAGCAGAAUCGUGACAUUUUCGGCUGGUUCAGAAGAGGGUUGCCAAGACGUCGGCCCUGGUUUUGUCGUCAGUUUUAAUUUUUUUCUCUUUUCUCUCCAGGCCACCGCUCCUCUCUAUAACGUGAAAGACAUGACUACCCCAACUGUGCUGUUUGUAGGGGCCCACGAUGUUCUCGGUGACCCAGCGGAUGCGGCAGCACUUGAGCCGCAAAUCUCUAACUUAAUACACUAUGAAGUUAUUCCCGGCUGGAAUCACUUGGACUUUCUAUACGGGAUAGACGCAGCAAAAAUUUUGUAUCCCAAGAUUUUGUACACUAUGGAGAAGUUUGAAUAGGGCUCUAAAUCUGUGCACCUCGUAACAUUAAUAUCUGGCCCUCGGUUGAUCGGAAUUUACACUCCAGAUUCAUUCCAAGUUAUUCAACGGAUAUUCAAGCGAAAGAUAGUUUAAACAAUUUUGUAAAAAGCAAUUUACCACUGCAUGUCGAACACGGUAAUGUGCGCGAUCGCUCUCUAGCUAAUGUUUAAUAGUUAAUUUUAAAAAUGGUUAUAAAGUUAAAAGGAUUGCAUUUGGUGUAGGGCAUCCAUAAGUGCAUUGAUUAAAGGUCAUGGUCUUGAUGUUAAAAUGAACUGCACCAUUGUUUUGAUGACUUCGACGUGAUGAGACAAUUAUGUCCCAAAGAGACAGAUUUGGGUGAAUACAGGAGCUCCUCGGUUCACGUUUCUCUUUCCGCUAAGUUUGCGGAGCAUUACAGGUUACCCCAGGAUUUCUUCAGGUUUUCCGGUAGUUCCCUUUUAGUCAUGUACUUAUUUCGGGAAGGGAACGAUGAGGGUAAGAGUCUUUCCCGUGAACACAACACAAACCCUCAUCUCUUAUUGAUUGUAAGGAAGACAAGGAACGUGGUUCUGACUCAAACUAACCUGACACGUGUUUAUCUGUUUUUUCUUUUCUUUUUAUUUGUUAUUUAUUUGCUCUUUCAUUCUAUUGAAGAAGUUAUAUUCAUGAUUUAAUGGCAUACAUAAAACAGCUGUGCUAGUCGUUAUAAUUCUUGUCGAGUUAAUCCAGGUGGAUGAUCUUAUUAAGUUGACAAUGUAAAACCCCAGCUUGGGUUAAUUAAAUGGCGGA